GCGCGCAAGUCAUACACACAUUGGUAUUUUCCUCCUGGGUAGCACACGGCUAGUAAUGCUCACCUGAGAGAUGAUUUUUGGCUAACAAUAAAAUAAAUCAUAAGGAAUGGUUCUUAUCGUUUUUUUAAUCAAAAUUUAAUUCUUCUAUUGUGCUUGUGACAAUCUAAAUUAUUGUGAUUAUAUCGAACUGUCAUAAAAAAUGGGAUUUCCCUCGAACCAAGAACUAUGCGAUGAACAUGGAACAGAUUCUUCAAAAUAUGAUGAUGGCCCAGAAACUCCAAAUACAAAAUUUAAAGCACUAGAAAUUUUUCCAAAAACUACUCAUGUAAGAGAGUUAUUUGACCUAAUUGGAGAGCCUCAUUAUACCAGGGUUUUUGUGCCAGUAAACAUUUUCAAUGAGGAUGAUGACAUUAUUUCAGUGACAAUGAUUUCUAAGCUUUUGCAUAUGAUAUGUGGACCAGUUCCUGAAAUAAAACCAAGAAAAAAAACAACUGAAAAUACGGGCAGUUUUACAGCAGACAGUGAAAAAGCAAAAGGGAAAUUAAAAAAAAGCACUACCGGUUUCGAAUCUCAGAGUACGGAAAUAAAGGCAAACUUUGCUGAUGAUAAGUCUGAAAACGAAAAAUCAGAAAGUCGCUCUGGAGAUAUGUCAUCUAGAGUAUUUGGAAAUAAUAAGCGCUUAGGAAAAAGAACAGUCAAUGCUGAGUUCUACAGUGGAGAUAAAUCUUUUGACAGCACGGUCAGUUCAGAAUCCGGAAGUCGAGCAAACCUUAAAAAGAGUUUAGAGUCUGAAAGUAGAGGUUCAAGAGAAGGCUUUGAUAUGAAGACUACUUCUGAUAAUAAGUCUGGUAGUGGAAAAUUAAUCGAGAUCUCUAAAGAAAAUAUUAUUAGUGAUGAGUUGAAAAAAGGAGAAAUAGAGAGGAGCCCUGGCUUUAUGUCAGAAAGUGAAAAGGAUAAAAAGAUUCCUGAUGGUAUAGAAAAAAAAGUGUAGAAGCCAAAGAAAGUUCAAAAGAGAGUGCAGGCAAAGCUAUUUCAGAUGAAACUGGACUUUGGUGUUUAAAUAACGCAACUUAUAAUAAAGGAAAAAUGCAAUAUACAAGAAAAAACAUAUGGAUCACCAUAUUUCUAAAAAGAAACUUCUACAAAAUGCAUUACUAAGCCCUCAGUAUUUCAUUCAACGAGGACAUCUAUGACGCUGGACUUAAAUAUAUAACACAAUAGGAUCAUAACUUUUUAAAGUCAAUUUAAUCUACUUACGCAGUAGUGCUUAUUAUGGCACAUAUAUGUAAUAAAUUGCGAUUAUUGUAAGUAAAUAUUUUAAUAAAAGUUUAUAUAUUCAUAA